AUGGGAUCCAUGGUAAAUCUAGAUACGAUGGUCAUCUGGGCCCCUCCAGCUGCUGCAGACUCAGAGCGUGCCAGCCAGGCGUCACAGCAGCGUCAAUUUAUUUUUCAUCGAGAGCCUUCCUCCCGGCCAUCUUCUACAACAGCUUCUCACAUAUCCGAUGAGCCAAUCUAUAUCUCGUCUGAUGAUGAGAGUACAUUCGAGACAGACGAGCCAGCUACUUGCAGUGGCUCCGAGGACAUGGAUGAUGACUCAAAAUCAGAUGAUACACUUCCAUCGAUCAAUACCAUCCUCACAUCUGUUAAGAAGGGUUCUCCUGAUCUGUGCCCUAUUGGAUCUCUCUUCAAUGAUACCAACCAGCCAUUGUCACUCGACACGGGUGCCAGUCGGUCCGGCCAGGAGGCUGCAACAGGUGCAGACACACCGCUUCCUUCCACACCAACCACUGCGCAAGCCAGUAGUGCAAUGCAGAGCCAUAUAUCAGGUAGUCCUGACUGUAUGGAGUUGGUCGCUUCAGGCGAUGCUGUGACAACUGGCCACCUUCCGGAGAUGCUAGAGAUUUCUUAUCCACCACCAACCCUCUCCAGUGGAUCAGAAGCACAAUGCGAGAGCUCUGAGAAUUAUGAGGCUUCCAAUGCCACAGCCACCUCGCUUCAUCAUGCGAUCGAGCAGACACGAGACGAGACACAGAGAUGCGGGCGCUUACUAGGAAGCUGUACGGAGGAUUGCUCUGUUUCUCAAUUCGUCUCUCACGCCAGCUCCAAUUCUGACGACCCCAUGCGACAGCGCGAGGAGGACGGUCUCAUAUCAUCCAACUCGCUAAGCGUCCACGAAGAAGAAAAAGAGCACCACGACAGCGUCAUCGACGAUGACUUUGGUCAGCCCCUAGCCCCUCAAUGCUUUAUUAGCGAUCUCCGCCAAGAGGGCGAUAUAUCUAUGCCUACUGCUCCUUCAGACCACAACAGUGUUUCUGAGGCCCGCGACACAUCUUCUAGAAAGAAACGACUCUACAAUUACUAUCUCACUCAUUCUCGGCCUGACUACAAUCAUAGUAGCAAUGUAGGCAGUGACACGGUCAGCCAACCUCAGGGGCAGGUCCCUUCAGAUAAUCCUGAGAUCGAUAAGAUUUCUGAUGCCGUAGCCACCCGACAGCUUCGCCGCAAGGGAAAACGCAAGAACUACUCUAGCCCUAAGCAAGACGUGGCCUCACACUGCGAUUCUGAUUCUGACACCAGCUCAAGCUCUCGUUCUGAAGCUGAUGUACAGGACGAGGACUAUGGCCCCUCUACAAGCCGGGGUGGACGGGAUGAUGAAGCGGACAGUUCUGAUCUACCCCCUACACGCAAACGCCGGAAGGUGGGCUAUCAGCCUAGCCCAGACCCCAUCGCCGUAGUACACGCCUCACCGAUCAUCCACAUGCGGCAAAUCCAUCAGGACUACACACGCCGGUCCAUGGCGCCAGCUCGGUCUCGUCGCAUGGCUCCCUUACCGCAGCUGAUGCUGAAGUGCCAGCUGCAAAAUAUGAGGAAUGGCCUGUACAAGGAGCCACACUCAAACGCUUGGCCAUGA